AUGUUUGACUUGUUGGUUAAGCCGAAGUUCUAUUCAAAAUGCAAAUCGGCUAUAAAGAUGAUUAAGAUGAGGCUGGAGACGAUAAAGAAGAAAAGAAAUGCGGUGGAAAAGUAUUUGAAGAAUGAUAUUGCUGAUCUUCUCAUGAACUGUCUCGAUGACAAUGCUUACAACAGGGUUGAAGGUCUUCUGAUGGAGCAGAAGAGAACAUCUUGUUACAAUUUCAUAGAGCAGUUCUGCGACUGCAUUGCAGAUUAUAUCUCAUUCAUGCAAAAGCAGCGUGAGUGUCCAGAAGAAUGCAGAGAAGCUGUCCCGUCUCUAAUAUACGCUGCAGCCAGAUUUGCUGAUUUGCCAGAACUGUUUGAUCUCAGAACCAUAUUUACUGAGAAAUAUGGAAAUUCCCUAGAUUUGUAUUUGAAUCAAGAGUUUGUGCAGAAGCUAAAGGUGGAGCCUCCCACAAAGGAGAUGAAAAUUCAAUUGAUGCAUAACAUAGCACAAGAGUUCUCUAUUGAAUGGGAUUCCAAGGCUUUGGAGCAGUCUCUCUUUAAGCCACCUCUAGUAGAGCAAAACAAGGCCCAGCAGAAGUCUUCAUAUGCUGCAGCUGCUGCUGAUAAACACAAUUCGUAUACAAGCAAGAAAGAUACCUUCGAGAAAAGCAACAAUCAAAAUUAUAAGAAUGGGCUGAGCAACGUGCACGAGAACAUGAGGCCAAAAGGAAAUAAAACAAACUUCACUUCUCAUGGGGGAAUGGAGUAUACAGAUGAUAAGUUAAAGCUGAAUAGCAGCAGUGAAGGUGAAGUGACUGAUCAAGAUAUCCCAAAGUCUAGUUCUUUGGAUGGAAGUGUUUCUGAGGAUGGUAUAGAGAACAGGAAGCCCUUUUUCUACAGGUUUAUUCCUCCUCCAUAUGUAAGGCCGUCACUGGGCAAAGAAAAAAGCAUCACGGAGGAGCCUAUGGCACCGAGUGAUAAUACUAAUGUGAAAAACAAUAACUGGAAUGAUUCUCUUGGAGGAAGUAAGCCAGGACCUUUGAAACCACAAUCGUGUAGGAAAGGUUUAAAAGGUUUUGGAAAAGAUGGAGCUGCAAAUAUUAGUUUGAAGUCCAAACAAACGGAAGAAGGCGAUAAGAGGGAUGAAGAAGAGAAGAAAAUGGAUGAGCUUUUGAUGCAUUACAGCAAGAAGAAAUCGCCAUAUGAAUGGUUGAGCAAAUGGAAGACAGCAUUUCGAGCACCUCCCAAAAUACAAGAAUCUGACAACACAAGUAAAGGUCUGGCACCUCCUCCCAGAAGACAAGACUCUGACAACACAAGUAAAGGUCCAGGCUUACAAAGCACUAAAUCUUGCCCGAGUGCUCUUCCAGCCGGAAUUGCAAAUUUCUCCAAAGAAGCAAUGAGUUCGAUUGAGAGAGCUGGAAGGCAUACCCGAGCUUCUUCAUAUCAGCCACACAUGCUUGCUGGGCAUGUGCAUCCAAAGCUACCGGAAUAUGAUGAUUUGGCAUCUAAUCUUGCAGCUCUAAGAAGGCAGUAAAAGAAUAUUUAUGCACACACAAACACACGCGUGCGUGUGUUAUAUAGGCAUAUAGCAUUAGGAGAUAUUACCAUACAUUCAUAUUCUUUCCAGUAAAUUUCAGAUUUGAAAGGCAUCUAUAGGAAAUGAAAUUGUUUUAUAGUUUAAGUGCAAUGCACUGUCGAUGGUCAUU